ACACAAAAUUACAAUAAAGCCCCUCAAAAUCUCAUCCAUCAUCAUCAUAAAUAUCUCCCCAAUUGCUCUUCUUCAUCUUCCCAAUCUUUGGAGAGAGAAACAGAAAUCUUGCGAGAGAAAGAACUUGAGAUAGAGAGAAAUUAAAACAUGCUACGAUUCUUAAAAUCUUUGUCGAGGACAGUGCAUGAAGAGCGAUAUCAAGAUCCAGAACCAUCGAAUGGCAGUGGUGAUGAUGGAAGCCACGGCGGCGAUGAUGAUGGUGGUUGCGGGACGACGAGUUUAACGGUGUGGAGGAAGUCAUUGUUCAUAGGUUGUAGUGGGUUCACGGUAAUAAACUCCGACGGUGACUUGGUAUAUAGAGUGGAUAAUUACGGCUGCCGCCGGCAACAAGAAGUCGUUCUCAUGGAUGCUUCCGGGAAACCCAUGUUCACUGUUUCCCGUAGCAAGGUAUUCGAAGGUGAAAUAUUAUCGAAGAAACAAAAACCAAUAUGUUGUGCAAGAAAACAUGUUGAUAUUCUACGUCCGAAGGUAAAGAUAUUAGCUCAAGUUUAUCCAACACCAUAUGAUGAGAAGACAGGAGGGUAUGUGAUUGAGGGAUCAUACGUGAACAGAUCAUGCAAAGUUCUUGAUGAAUCAAGAAAUGUAUUGGCUGAGAUUAGAAGGAAAGAAACUACCACAAAAGGUGUUUCUUUGGGGCUAGAAGUUUUCGUGUUGGUUGUAAAUGGAGGGUUUGAUUCUGGUUUAGCAAUGGGUAUAGUUUUGUUAUUAGAUCAAAUGUCACUUUGACCAUUGUAACAAUAUAAUUAAUAUUGUGUGACAUGUGAGAUUUAGUAAAUCCAGGUAUCUAGUUGAAUCAAGUUGAAUCAGUAGCGAAUCUAGAACAGCAAACAAAAAAAUCAAGCUAUGUAAAACAUAUAUAUGUUAUGUGCCAAAUCUGACUGAGAGGAGGAAUCCAUACAUUUUUCAUUGGAGGAACUACAAAUUGUCGGACAUGCAAGAAUUUCAUUUGGUAUAGAAUCUAGGCUAUGUUAAAGAUAUUGUACGUCUCAUAUUUGACUGAGACCCCCCUCAUACCGCAUUUUAUUGGUACUAGAUCAACUCAUGUAUAAAUUCGUAUGUAUAAAUUAUAUCGUGAUCUAUCUUUUUCUGUCC